AUGGUCUGCGGCUGUUGCACUCAGGAGCAAAUUAAAGAUGAUAUCCAUAACAUGGCUGAGUAUCCGGUAAAAAUGACCUUUGGCCUGCUUCUCCUACUCGUUUUGCUUUACUCAAUAG